AUGUCGUCGCUGGUCUCUCCCCUCUACGGGGUAGUGGAAGCCAGCCAGUGGGACGCCGAGCGCCUCCUGGGUCGUCUAGUCAUCGUGGUCCACGCCGCCUUCCUCGAGUCGGGCUUCAUCGUGGCCCGCCGCCACAGCGGGGAUCCGUCGUCUACCUGCCGGCUUCCGACAGAGGUGGGCGCGACGGCCUCGACCCUGUCCCUGGAGUACACCGCACCGCAGCUGCUGCCCCGGCACGACAUGGACGGCGCCGCGCUGAGGAUGUGCACCAACGGGCGGCACGUCAUCUUCUACCUGCAGCUGCAGGUCUGCUCUGUCCAGAUCCGCACGUACUGGGUGUGCCUGGACACGCUCUCCGUCGCGCCGCUCCUGUCCAGCGGUUUGGACGACACGGGGCGAAGGCUGCUGGGGAGCGACGGCUCCCGGACGGCCACGCUCUGGAGGUCGCUCACCGACGGGUUCUGCCAUCGCAUCCUAUCAGAUAUAUGCCGCGAGCACGGCGUGGUGCUGGGGCGAGCGCCGCCGCCGCGAGCCCCCACCCUCACGUCCCUCCCAGGUGACGCCAUGGUGGCCAUCCUGGAGAGCCUCGCCGACGGGAAGGACCUCGUGAGCGUGGAGAGCACCUGCACCGAGCUGAGGCGCUUCGUGGCCGACCGGGACCGCCAGCUCUGGCUGCCCAGGUACAAGGCGCUGCCGGGGAACACGUUGUGGUGGUCGCUCCUCUGCGACAUCGAUUCCGACGACGACCUGCCGGCGGCGAGCUGGAAGGAGAUGUUUGUGUGGGCCACGCGACAGAGGGACCAUAGGCUUGUUCUUCCUACUCCUAGUCCUUUCCGCAGUUCACCGUGGUAUUCUUCCUUCAAUGGACGGGUGGAUGGUGACGUAGAAGAAGACGAUUCAUUUGAGGAGCUGCCGGUGGAUGCCGCUGCCUGCUUUGGAGAGAUGAUGACGGAGACGGAGGACGACGGGGAAAAGAAUACCACCGGUCGCCGCCAUGGCCAUGGUAAGGCGCCCGCGACAGGCGGCCACGAGAAGCAGAAGCAGCAGGGUCGUCGCAGCCGCACCGGCACCGGCGCAAUCUACUCCCCGUCUGCUAGGUACCGAUGGAAACACAGGUGA